AUGAACACUGGAGCGCAAAAUAUAUUCUUAGACCAAGAUGGGCAGGGUGAGGACCGUGGCCCAUCCGCGUACGUCAAACGUUUUGGUGGUGAGAGGCCGCGUGAAAUGAAUGGUUUGUUGCCGGAUUCUCUGCCAUCACGCAGCAGCUAUGUGCAGUCACCAGAAAACACGCUGUGCAGCGGGAACGGGCCGCAACGGUCUUUAUUUGGCAUGCGGUUUGUUGGAAGUAGGGGAACGCCUGUCUCUAAACAGAAUUUUGGUCGCAAAGACAAGCGUCUCCUGCCGCUGAUGUGUCCAAAGGAUGAGGAAGCGUUCCUUCAAACUCUGCGAAAACCGACAUCGAGUGUGGAGUACCCCCAAAGGGAUGACGAUGGUGAUGAUGAUGACCCCAACGCCACAGAGGCCGUGGAUGAUGAUGCCAGUACGGUGCAGCAGGGAGGCUGGACGCAGCCUCUGGAAGAAAGGUUUUCUCUGGAUGAAUUACGGCGUCUUAUGUGUUUUUUCUCAGUGGAUGCGGACUAUUUUGAAAACGGCAUGUUAGGACCAAAAGCAGACGCUAAUCGUCGUCCUUUCAGCAGGAACAUCACGGGAAAGACUUUUAUGGUGAGGAACUGCUCUUCCUUGAGUAGACUGUCGGGGGGAGGCAAGAAGAUGGAGAAUACUGGACGGCAUUCCCAAGUUGAGGAAAGGGAAAAUUUGUGUGAAGAGCGCCCUCAGGAACAUUCCUCGGGUGUAUUUAUUGGACCACCUGGUGGUGCUUAUCAGCCGGUGCAAACAGAGGAAGAGCUUCAGCGUGCACUCUUUUCAUCUGAUGGGCUGAAUCAGGGUUCCGGGCACGAUGCGUACACACGUGUUUUAUCCGAACAGGAGUUUGCACAGGCGAUUAAAAUUGUUAUCCCCAGUGCCACGGAUGCGGAAAUUAUGGAUCUUAUGAGAAAGGUUGACUACGAAGCGAAGGGGUGCACAACUUGGGAUGAUUUCUCAACGUUUUUAGUCUCCCAAAGUCGUCACCGCUCCCAUCUUGCUAAUGGACCGAUUUCAGAGUUAUCCACAACACCUGAACCGAGCUAUUGCUUUUCGCGCUCGCAGCAUAUAACGGGAACUUGCAUGGAGGCGGACACACGGCGUAAACUCCUAUUAACCGGUGGGUCCGAAGGCACUGUACGGGCAUGGGACCUGGAGACUUUGACAAGCCGUGGAAUUGUCUUUGCAGGGGACUGUUGGGUUGUUGGUGUGCACUGGGCGAAUCAAAUUCAAAGUAUCCUUAUUGUAACAAUGGAUCGUAGGGUGAUUGUUCUGGAUUCGAAAACCCUGGAGGUAAAGCGCCUCUACCGUGGGCGUGCAUUAGUCGACACUAUUGAUGGAUACAUGUACGCCCAUGAUAGUGUACAGUCCGUCAAGGUGGGUGGAAAGAUCAAGGCAAAGGAAAAGCGGUUCGGUCCGAAAGGUGCGAGAGACUUGUUUGGAGCCGCCUCUACAAGUAGUAGUGGUGUUGGUGGGAGUCCAGUUGCCUAUCCUGUGAAACAGCACUCUAGUGAAUCUAAAAGAAAAAUGCCGGCUGCCGCAACAGCGUUAGCGCCACCCGGUACGGGUCCCUAUGUCCAGUGCCGUGUGGAGGAGUGCAUGCUUGCAGGUCUUGUGGAUUCCGUAUCUUGUUCACUUUUUCAUCAUUCUAUGCUGCGAGAAGAAGUGCUACUUAUCGCAACGGUAGUGGGUGAGGUUCGAUUCUAUGUGAUUCCAAAGGCUUUACGAAGGGUGGUCUCCCCGUAUGCGGUAGUCCGAUUGCAUGAAAAACGCAUCAACAAAAUGAGCAUCCUUUUUGAUAGUAAUGCCCUUUUAACGGCGUCUGAUGAUGGUGUAGUGAAAAUGACUUCCCUAGAUACAGGUGUACAUCUAAGAACUUUUUUUACUUCGGGAUCAGAACAGCACUCCGCCGUGCAUGAUUUUGCAGUGAAUACACAGCUGCGUCUGCUUGUAACUGUGGGCCCGGAA